CAGUCGUCGUUUUAUUCGUGAUCGCUCAUGAUUUUCCUCUUAAGCUCUCAAACUCGGAGCAGGGCUCGCACAUAGUUCCAAGUGAUUUCUUGCUGACAAAGAGGCAGCUGUUCGGUUCUGAAACGGCUUUGUAAGCCGUAAAUUCACCCACACUGUAAGUGGAUGUCGUGUUGCUCAGUACCAACAUCGCACCAAUAGACAUGAUGGAAUCACAAGACAAAAUCCUGCGUGGCCCUAGGAUGGACCUGCCGCUGCCAGAUGUCUCUCUGGGAAAAUACGUUUUCAGCAACAUGUUGAAACUUGGGGACAAGACCGCACAGGUGUACCCCGGGGAACAGGAUCUGCGGCUGUCGUACAGGGAGCUGUCGAGGCGCGCGGCCUGCGUGGCCGAGGAGCUGCGCAUGCGCGGCGUGGGCCCCGGGGACGUGGUGGCGCUCGGCUGCCGCGUCGUGCCGCACUUUCCGGCGCUCCUCAUAGGCACCCUCCUCAGGAACGCCGUGCCGGCGCCCUUCAACCCAGACCUCGACGCGGACGAGUUGACGUUGGUGGUGCAGCAGAUGCUCAGGCCGAAGCUGGUGGUGAGCCAGGAGCCGGCGCUGUCGGCAGUGGCUGAGACGGCUGGGUGCCCCGCCCUGCCGCUGUCCCAGGUGGACGGCUGGCUGCAGCGAGACGCAGACCCGGAGCAGGCGCUGCAGGCGCUGUCCCCGCCAGACGCGGCCGGCUGGCUGGACUCGUGCGCCGCCAUCCUCUGCUCCUCCGGCACCACGGGGCCGCCCAAGGGCGUCAUGCUCUCACACCGGGGGCUGCUCACCGUCUGCACUCUGGUCAGCCUGGGAGAGAAAAGCGCCCCAGCCACGAGCGGCCAGCGGCCAGAGGCGGUCGUGUCGACGACGCCGGUGUCCUGGGUCUCGGGCCUGAUAGCGCACCUGCUCUGCCUCAGCGCGGGACUGCGCACGUGCUUCCUGCCGCACUUCGACGAGGGCGUGGUCGCCCGCGUGUGUGGCCAGUACCACGUGAAAGAUUUGUACGUACCCCCAAACAUAGCUGUGACGGUAGCAAAGAGACCUGACAGCCCCGUCAGAGAGAUACUGCCUCGGCUCACUGUGCUGAUGGUCGCCGGCGCUGCCAUGGAUGCCGACACGCAACGGUUCGUCGAGAAAGAGCUGGGCGUUCCGGUCAAGCAGUGGUACGGCUCGACGGAGUCCAUACUUGUCCUGGGAUCAGCGCCUGAGACCUUCCCUCCAGCCGGCUCUUCCGGGAAGCUGCUUUUCAACGUGGAGGCCAAAGUGGUGGACCUGGAGACGCAGGAGCCGGUGGGUCCCGAGCAGGAGGGCGAGCUGUGGGUGAAGUCUCCCGCGGCGGCGCUGGGCUACUGGAACAACCCGGAGGCGACUGCCGCUGCCUGGGACAAAGAAGGCUGGUUCCACACGGGGGACGUCGUGCGCUACGACCGCGACGGCUACUUCUACGUCGUGGACCGCGUCAAGCAGCUCAUCAAGUUCAGGGGACACCACGUGCUGUCGCCGCAGCUGGAGUCGCUGCUGAUGUCGCACCCCAGCGUGCAGCUGGCCGCCGUGGUGGGCGCGCCGCACCCCACCGACCAGGAGCACCCCACCGCCUUCGUCGUGCUGAGGCCCGGAGCGUCCGCCACCUCUCAGGAGCUGCAGGCGCUCGUGGAAGAUAAGGUGGCGGACCACAAGAAGCUGCGAGGCGGCGUGAGGAUCGUGGGGGAGCUGCCGCACACGGCCAGCGGCAAGGUGGCCAAGAGGGUCCUCAGGAGGUGGGCGGCGGGCGGCCAGUAGCGCCAAGCAGCGCAGAGGCCGUUCCCGGUCCCCAGCGUGCACUGCCAUCAAGAGCCAUCAACUGCCUCAUAAAUCUACGUAAACAAAAGUCAGUUGCCACGUGUAUGAAAGAUUAUCACCUCAGAAUGGCUACAUCGGUUUGACCUGUUUUUGUGUGUGUCAGUUAUUGUUACGACAAGGAUCGAAAGAAAAUUUUUGAAAAAUCCAGUUGAAAAGUCGGAAAUUAAUAUCAACUGUCACAUAUGUGAAGUAUCAUCAAUUAAGAAUGGAUUGACAGAUUUUGUUGAUUUUUGUUUUGUUGUGUUCGUAAUUGUCAGGAGAAGGUUUGUAUGAAAGAAAAGUUUUGAAAAAUUCGUCAGAAAAGACGGAUAUUAAAAUUAAUUGUGAAAGAUCGUCACUUCAGAGCGAC